GAAUAUUCCAUGACUAAGAUUCAUUGUUAGCCUUUAGAAUAGACACGGGUGGAGACUCGAUGGGGAGUUAAAGUUGAAGGACGUUGGGAAGGGGGUAAGGUACGUUCGAUAAGCAAGUGAUUAACUCAGGGGCUCACCACACCGAAGACCUAAGUCAGAUUUCCAGACAGGUACGUGUGAAUCCUCAGGAGCCCCCAACCUUCCGAGAACUGUUUUAUGUGCUUGACCAUAUUUGGAGGUGCAUCUGUUUGUCAGCCAAUCGGAACAUUGUUAUUGAAGGGGGGCCUUGGAAACCUACGGAGUAUACAGUCCACGACAUACGAGGCCAAGCACAUAAGCGAUCUCACCCGGUUUUCAGGGUUCUUCAGCACAUGAGAUGGGGUUCUCUCAAGCAUCUCUCUUGUCCAAGAUCGGGCUUGGACUUUGUGUGGCUGGCCUGAUUUUUGACCUCAUUGGCUUCCCAUCACCGGGUUGGGCGACAUUCACUAUAAAUUCAGUAAAAUUUUCGGUUGGAUUGUUCCAGAUAUGUGCUUAUUCAUCCGGUUCAUUAGAGUGUAUACAAAUACCUGGCGUCAUCCCUGACUGGUACGACGCAGUGAGGGCCCUGUCCAUAGUUGGGUUUCUGCUGGGACUGGCUUGCGUGGUUGUGUUGUGCAUCUACCUGCUGGUGAUGAACGGCUUGAAGUUGUUACAGAUCAGUGCACUGGUGCUGGCCUUCCUCUCAGCAAUUUUCAUCCUUACUGGGCGAUCUUUUAUGCUGACAAGCGGGAACACAGACAUCUCGGCUGGUCGUUUGCUCUCACAGUUGUCGGGGCGGUGUUGCUCCUGAUAGGGGGGAUUGUCCUGACGGUGGACAAAAUAAUGGGAUGUCUCGGGGCCGGGAGUAGGUGAAGUGGAUGGCUGUAUUCUCAUUCAAACUAAACGCGAUAGAGAAAGAAGCCAAAAAUAACUACUGUAUGUAGACAACGAUUGUUUUUUACUGGUAUAACUGUUUAUACGGUUGUCUUAUACGCAGGAGCAGUCGGGUAGCCUAGUUGUUAAAGCGUUCGCUCGUCACGCCGAAGACCCGGGUUCGAUCCCCGACAUGGGGACAAUGCUUGAAGCCCAUUUCUGGUGUCACCCGCCGUGAUUUUGUUGGAAUAUUUGCGGCGUUAAACCAUACUCACUCACUGUAAUACGCAUAUGUAACUACUGCUUAUUUGAAUGAGAAUAGGAGAGCGAGACAGACAGACAAAUAAGAUAUACAUAUAUGUUUCAUGGCAAUAGUACAAUAGUUAAGUUCAUCAUAAAAACAGAAUGUUUGAAGUGUUGCUCAUUGAAAAAUAAAGAAGUUUAAACCUA